AUGGCGUUUUCCCUCUCCAGUUCAUAUUUCUGCUUGCAUACUACAGUUCUUUUACUGUGCUUUGGCUCUGCAGUUAGAGCAGGAAAUGAAACUCAUCAGCUUGCAUUGCUUCAAAUCAAGGCCAAGAUCACUACUGACCCUCUUGGCAUCCUUAGUUCCUGGAAUUCUUCUCUUCAUUUUUGCCAGUGGAAUGGCGUUACAUGUAGCAACAAGCACCUCCUUCAAGGGUCUAUAUCCCCACACUUGGGAAACCUGAGCUUUCUACGUGCCUUGCAUCUUCAAAAUAACUCCCUCGGCCACGAAAUCCCCCAAGAAAUUGGCCGUCCGCGCAGGCUACAUUUGGUUGGAAGAAUUCCAGAAGAUUUCAUUUCCUUAUCGAAGCUUCGUAUCUUAGUUAUCGAGUUCAACAAUCUAACUGGAGGGCUCCCACCAUUUCUUGGGAACCUUUCAUCUCUACAGGGACUCCUGACAACCUCAAACAAUCUUUGUGGAAGCAUACCUAAUACCAUUGGCCAAUUAAACAAAUUAUAUUUUCUUUCUGUGGGUGCAAACAUGCUGUCUGGCCUCGUCCCUCCCUCUUUAUACAAUCUUUCUCACAUGAAAUUUACUGGGUCCAUUCCUGCUUCUUUAUCCAAUGCUUCAAACUUGGAAAGGCUGACUGUUGCAGCUAAUGGGCUUACUGGGAAUGUUCCUUCUUUGGAGAAGUUGCAUAAGCUUUGGUGGCUCAGUAUCUCCGCCAACCAUCUUGGAACUGGACGAACUGGUGACUUGAACUUUUUGUCCUCUAUAUCUGGAAGCAUCCCAUCUGGGUUUGGAAAUUUGGUCAACUUGGAGAUGUUAUAUAUGGGAGACAAGCGCAUCCCUCCAAGUCUUGGAAAGUGCCAAAAUUUACAGUCAUUUGCUCUCAGUCAAAACAAUCUUAGUGGUACAAUCCCCAGAGAAAUUGUAAGCAUCCCAUCCUUGGCAAUCUAUAUGAACCUAUCCCGAAACUAUUUGACUGAUUUUCUUCCAGUGGAAGUAGGACUUUUGUCCAAUCUGGGAAGAUUGGAUAUUUCUAAUAACAUGUUGUCUGGAGAAAUUCCUAGUAGCCUCGGCAGUUGCACAAGUUUGGAAUAUGUGUACUUGAAAGACAAUACGUUCAAAGGAUCCAUUCCCAUGUCCUUAAGUUCGUUGAAGGGUAUCCAAGUUUUAGAUUUUUCUCACAACAAUCUGACAGGAACUAUUCCAAAAUUUUUUGAGGAGUUUCUCUUGUUGCGGAGAUCGAAUUUAUCUUUUAAUGAUCUUGAGGGCAUGGUACCAGAAGGGGGAAUCUUUAAGAAUGCAAGUGCAACUUCAGUUGCAGGAAAUAGUAAACUCUGCGGUGGCAUGGCAGAAUUUCAUAUGCCCCAAUGCAACUUUAAAGAGACCAAAUCUAAAACAGGUAGCCUUUCUAUGAAACUGAUAAUAGCUGCUGCUUCUGGGUCUCUUUGUGCAGCACUGGCUCUGUUUUCUCUGUUUCUUUUUCUAGCUAAGAGGAAAAGAGUAGAACCCACUUCAAGUUCAAGGUCUUCAGAGGAUGGAAAAUUCUAG